UUCUCUCUCUAGUCUCUACCUGAGAAACACCAAAAAAACUCACAAAUUUUUCUUGAGCUUUUCCUCGUAUGUUAUCUAAAUCUAAUUUCCAAUAAAACAAUUUAUUACAAGAAGACAGCCACUUUUGUCGGUUUGUUCUCCUCAAGAGUUUCUUUUUCAAGAAAGAUUGAAUGAAAGGAAACCAAAAAGAUUCGUCGGGUGUAUCUAUGAUCCGACCGGCUGGAAAACUAAUGAUCUGGCUCAUCCUCUUCAUCUCCGUCACUUACAUCAUCUACACUCUUAAAAUCGUCUCCACUUCACACCCUUGCGAAGAUCUUACCUCGGACACCAUUUUCCAACCAAGACCAGAGAAAAAGGUGUCUCUGGCUGCUGUUGAGGCGGUUUCGCCGGAGAACCAAGCGACGGAUCUAAACCAUGUGGUUUUCGGUAUCGCUGCGUCGUCAAAGCUGUGGAAACAGAGGAAAGAGUAUAUCAAGAUUUGGUACAAACCCAAGAAGAUGAGAGGCUACGUGUGGUUAGACAAGGAGGUAACAGACUCCGGAGAUCAAGAAAACCUCCCGCCGAUUAGAAUCUCCGGCGAUACGUCGUCGUUUCCUUACACUAAUAAGAAAGGAAGCAGAUCAGCGAUACGACUCUCGAGGAUCAUCUCGGAGACGCUCAAGCAUCUUGAUUCUGAUUCGAGGAAGAACGUGAGGUGGUUCGUAAUGGGUGAUGACGACACGGUGUUCGUCACUGAUAAUCUGAUUAGGGUUCUGAGGAAAUACGAUCAUGAACAGAUGUAUUACAUUGGGAGCUUGUCGGAAUCUCAUUUGCAGAACAUUUUCUUUUCUUAUGGAAUGGCUUACGGUGGAGGAGGGUUCGCGAUUAGCUAUCCGUUGGCUGUGGCUUUGAGCAAGAUUCAGGAUCGGUGUAUAAAGAGGUAUCCGGCUUUGUACGGUUCCGAUGAUCGUAUACAAGCUUGUAUGGCUGAGCUUGGUGUUCCAUUGACUAAGGAGCAAGGGUUUCAUCAAUACGACGUUCAUGGGAACUUAUUCGGCCUCCUAGCUGCCCACCCGGUAACACCGUUCGUAUCAAUGCACCAUCUCGACGUGGUGGAACCGAUCUUCCCAAACAUGACUCGCGUUCGCGCCAUCAAGAAAUUAAUCACACCGAUGAAGCUCGACUCCGCUGGACUUCUCCAGCAGUCAAUUUGCUACGACAAGUACAAAAGCUGGACGGUUUCAGUCUCAUGGGGAUACGCGGUCCAGGUGUUUCGCGGAUCAUUCUCUCCCAGGGAAAUGGAAAUGCCUUCCAGGACUUUCUUGAAUUGGUACAAAAGAGCUGACUACACCGCUUAUGCAUUCAAUACAAGGCCUGUGGGUCGCAAUUCGUGCCAAAAACCAUUCGUUUUCUACAUGUCGGGUGCGAAAUUUGACAAGCAAUUAAACACGACGGUUAGUGAAUACACGAGGCAUCGGGUUCCGCAUCCGGCUUGCCGGUGGGAGAUGACUAACCCGGAAGAGAUCAACACUAUAAUAGUCUACAAAAAACCGGACCCUCACCUAUGGGGCAGGUCACCGAGAAGGAAUUGUUGCAGAGUAUUACAAACAAAGAGGAAUAAUACAUUAUGGAUCAAUGUUGGUGUAUGUAGAGCAGGUGAAGUUACUGAAGUUAAGUAGUUUCCAGUUUUGUAAUAAGAUGAAAUUUGAAAGAGAAACAAACAGAGGCUAUUAGUUAGGCUUUCCACUCCUAUAUUUUUGUUUUAUAACAAUUUCUUGUUAUAUUUUUCUUGAACCAUGACAUGAAAAGUUAUUUUUGGGUUCACCCCCUAAAAUAAAUCUAUCAACCAAUAGGAUUAUGUUAUUUAUUUAUUUUUAAAUGAAAUAAAAUUAUUAAGU